AUGGCCGCUCCAGCUGAUAUCACAAUUAAAAACCUCAAUGGACAGUGGGUGAUGGACACCACCCAGUCCAAUCCCUUUGAUCCUAUCCUAGACCUGCAAGGUGUGGGCUGGUUACUCCGCAAAGCUCUCGCAUAUGCCACCAUUACACUUCAGAUACGCGAGUACACAGAUACAGAAGACUCCACGAUCUAUCACAUUGAUAUUCAGCAGGUCGUGACUGGCGGUAUCAAUGGUAACAAGGAAGAGCGCAAGAUGAAUUGGGCCGUGCGUGAGCACAAGGACAAUAUCUUCGGAGAGGUGGCAGGCUGCUCCCGCUUGAUCUGUGGAGCGAAGGGCGAAGACGGCAAAGUACGUCCCGCCCUCGAUAUGCAGACAAAGGUUGAUGAAGAGACCGAUGCCACAAUCAAGCGAUUCUUGCGUGGUGAAAUAUAUGCCGAUGGUUCCGCUUCUGAAGGGUUCAUUGCGGAUAUCGUGGACGAGGAAUUGUUUGUGCAAAGCUGGGUUGUGAAUGCUGCUAGUGGUUGGACUGCCGAGCAGGUUUGGGGCUUUGAGAUUGUCGAUGGCGAGCGCCGCCACACUCGUCGCGUUGCGGUUGCCAAGGGCAACAAGCUUGAAAUGGCCCGUCUGGUGUAUACCUUCAUCGGCCAUGAGCUUCCAACUGAGGAUCAGGAGGAUGAUCUUGCUUAUUGA